AGUCAAGCUGAUUAAAAGCUGCUCGUUCACCAACUGGACCAAACCGGACUUUUACCUCAGUCACUUCAUCAGAUGCAGAGCGCCAGAUAUAGGUUCAGUCAAGUUGAUUAAAAGCUGCUCGUUCACCAACUGGACCAAACCGGAUUUUUACCUCAGUCACUUCAUCAGAUGCAGAGCGCCAGAUAUAGGUUCUGUCAAGUUGACUAAAAGCUUGUUCACCAACCAGAUUUUUUUUACCUCAGUCACUUCACUUCAUCUCAGUUGCAGAGCACCAGAUACAGAAACCUGCAACAAAAUGAUUCUUCGUGUGAUUUUGUCCCCUGAGGAUAUUAGGAAAGUUUACAUUGAUCGGCCACAAUCCAUAGAAUCUCUUCUGUCAACACUGAAAAGCAAGCUGAACAUACAAAGUGAUUUUACACUUCAGUAUGAGGAUCCUGAAUUUGACCAUGAGUUGUGCAACCUAACGACUAUCACUGAACUUCCUCCUGAAAAGGCAACCCUUAAAGUUAAUUGUAGAGCACCACCCUCUGACUCUAGCCAGUCAGAUGUGACAUUAGACACAGCGGUUAUGUCAUCAUCGUCUGACUCGAGUAUCAAGAAUGGAAAUCCUGGAUCAAUAACUGCAAGUAGUCGCUCACAGCAAUGGCCUGUUUCUUUUCCCAUUCCAAGCUUUUCAUAUGAUGUAGAAUUACGUUUGAAACGUGGAAAUGAGCAAUAUGCUAAAGAUGGCUCACUGCUCAGCCUAUCCAAGGAUGUUAAAUCUGAGAUUCUUGACAAACUUGCCACUGCAAUCUAUUCUUACAAGGCGUAUCCAUCCAAUGAGGAGUUCGAGUCUGUUUCAAGGGCUCUCACAGAGACACAUCCAUGCCUUAAAGAACCGGGAUCGGCCACAGGGUGGUAUGGAUGGAAAAUAAGCCUUAAAUUCAAAAUGGGAAACUUCCGAAGUAAACUUCGUGAUGCUGGAUGUCCAGAGCUUACUGUUACUAGUGAAAAAUGCCAUGCUUCAGAUAGAAAAAAAUACAAAGUCAAGAAACCCCGAAGAUCGGAGACCAAUUUUCUACCGGACUUACCUGCUGGAUCAAGUUAUACUGCUUUGGAGACUGAAAGGAAAGAUAUACAGUGUGAGAUGACAAAAAAAAAUCCAGACUGGCAUGUAAUUGAUGCAGCUAUGGAGAAAACUUUCUGUGCCAGAAGAAAGGAGAUUGUAGAAGAUGAGCCCACAGUAUCAGAAAUAAGGAGGAGAUGGCCUGCACUUUUCACUCAAAGACAAGUUGCUCUUGAAUUCUGUAGGCUUGUCUCCAUUGAUUUAAAAAGAACAUUCUUCGAAGGGCUUGACAAGCAUCUACCCAGGCUCCUGCAAUUAUACACCAAGCGAAGCAAUGAAGUUCCAGAACUUCUGAAUGUGUUGAAGUGUCUGGAUGAACAGAGUUGUAACCAGAAGAAGAGGGGAGCAGUUAUUUUGGGCCUUCCAUACUACAUGAGGGAGAAACCAGAAAACGUCUUCAAAGUUUGUGAGCCGACUGACAAUGAGGUCGAUGUUGUUCAGAGUGUUAAGGUGGGCAUCUUGUCAGUGAGCGAGGACACCAGACAAGAUUGUGCCUUCCCAGACGACGUCGUGAAUAUGGCUGUGAUACUGGAGGGGGAGAUUGUCAUUGUGGAUCUCCAAGACAUUCCAAAUGCCUUUGUCACAUUGUUUGGACUGCUUUACGCUUUAAACAUCAGCUAUCCCAAAGAGCUGCGAUACACCUUUGAGGUGAUCCAGCGGAUCUUUAUGAACAUUGAUGGGGAAAGCUGCUCCGCUAAAGUUCAUGGACUGAAAAACCAACUAAUGCGGUGAAGUGCCUGCAACCUUUGCUAUGUCCUUUUUUUUUUCCUCUUUUUUUUUUUUUUUUUUUUUUUUUUUAAGAGUAAUGUUCAAUUUAAUUGAUGAAUUUGUUAAAGCAUCAGCUAAGUUGAGAUUAAGGAGGUAUGAAACCAAUUCAUACGUCUUUUAAUGUGUUAAUGCUUUUCAGAGUUUCUUUUUGAAAGGAAUGUUGUGAACAGGAUGUUUCUAUAUUGUAUGUUGUGGGAGUGGCAUUUUAAAGUGUUUAGUUUAAUUGAUGAAUUUGUUGAAGCUUGAGAGCAUAAAAAAUUGAUAACCUAGUUUAUAUUAAAAUGGCAUUUAAGCCAAUUCAUAAGUCUAUAAUGUGUUUAACAAUGUUUUAACAUUUUCUUUUGGAACAAAGGAUAUUUCUAUAUUGAAUGCUGUGGGGUGAUCUUGUUUAAUGUUAUGUAACAGAUUAAUCCACAAGACUUGCAUUGAGACAGGUGUAAAACACCUUUCAAUUAGUUUUUUUCUGGUGUUUUUAGGAGUUAAUUGCAAUAAACUUUGUACUGAAAAUUGUAUUAGUGAUUGUUAAUUUGCCAUACAUUUUUGUUUAAAUCAAAUGUAGCUUACAAAUUAAUGUUCAAGUAGUAAUUCAUUAUUUGGUUCUGCUGCAGGUUUUAAAGUUUCAAAACACCACUUUAGUUGGCUGAACUUAUUGGAUGUAGUUUAGAUAACUUAACUUUAGUUGG